CAGAAAGACCCUGCCAGGACCUCCCUGUCCUUCUCCCUCCUGCUGCAGCCUCCAUUGCCAACAUCUCCUCCACCAUGUCGCUCUCUGAAGCAGAGGUGCAAAGUGCCCGUGGUGCCUGGGAGAAGAUAUAUGUGGAUGCUGAGGACAAUGGGACAGCUGUGCUGGUCAGGAUGUUUACCGAGCACCCAGACACCAAGUCCUACUUCACACAUUUCAAAGGUAUGGACUCUGCUGAAGAGAUGAAACAGUCAGAUCAAGUCAGGGGCCAUGGCAAGAAGGUUUUCAGUGCCAUCAACGACAUGGUGCAACACCUGGGCAACUCUGAGGCUUUUCUUGGGAUAGUGACCCCACUCGGCAAGAAACAUGCCACCCAGCUGAAGAUUGACCCCAAAAACUUUAGGAUUAUCUGUGACAUUAUUUUACAAUUGAUGGAGGAGAAAUUUGGUGGAGACAGCAAAGCUUCAUUUGAGAAGGUGACCAAUGAAAUCUGCACCCACCUGAACAAUAUCUACAAAGAGGAGGGUUGGUGAGGAUGUGAACCUUCCAGGCUCUUUAAACAACUUGCCAGCACUGAUUAGCUGCUUUUGGGCCCCCAGCCACAGCUGGAAAAAUUAAAAUUUAAAAAUAAAAACAGGCAAGAAAAAAGGCUUACACAAUAUAGAUAUCAAUGUCAAUAAUUUUCUUAGCAAACUGAGUUUCUACAGCUAAACAAAACCCACAGAUACAUCAAAGUCAACCAACAAAUCCCAAUGUGCUUUGCAGUUUCAGCAUUUCAGGUGGGUUCCUCUGGCCACCGUCCUUGAAGAUUACAUUUUAAGAUGGUGACUUUAAGCUUUCUAUUCCUAAAAGAAAGACUUGCUCCUUCCAGCAGCACCAGCAGCUCUUUGGCUCACCUACCACCUCUCCAUCCUCAUGGAUGACCUGAAGGAGACCAUUUUGAAGCAUCUCCAGAAUCUUGGUAGAGGUCAUUAUUUAAAAGGCAUGAGUAUUGUUUUGUGUUUGCACUUAAACAAGGGGGAAGUGGUGUACGGGAAUGACCAUCUGAGAGAUAUGAGGGAAGUCCCAUCUUGCAUGAACCAGGAGAGUCACCCAACCUUGGUUUCUCAGAGCAGCUUUCAGCACGAGGGAUGACAACAUUGAGUGUAGUCACCACUGGACCCCUCUGGGCAGGGAGGAACAUCUUCAGGCUGUGGAUUUCAAUGUGUUACUCCAAGGAAACUACUUGGGUUGCAUUCCCAGAUGAAGCAAGAGUUGAGUUCACUGGCUCUUGUUCACUCAAAAUGCACCCAGCUGAUGGAGACUGCUGUCUCACUGCAUGGGCAGCACGGGGGAGCU